AUGUACGCACAACAGGACGCACCAAUGACUCUCGCCGGUCCGAACCCUUACUAUUUCACUUAUUCGGAUGAGAAUCCAUCUUCCGAUGCCAAUCACGCACCGAACUCCAGUCAAGAUGACAGGAUCCCCCAGACUGAAAAUUACUAUCCGCAAUAUCCACCUGCCUCAGAGCCCUAUGGCAUGAAUAAUCUUUGGGAACUUCAGGGCAAUCCUUCGGUCAAUGCAAAUGUUUUUCCUAAUGGGAAUGGAGUUAUGGACCAAACGGCUGCUAAUAUCGCCAAUAUACCCUACUACACUAAUAUGCCACGUGCAGUCAGACCGAUGGAUUUCCAGCCUGAUGCGUACUUUGAUCCUUCUAUGCCCGGGCCAUCAUCGUUUCAAGUGCCCCAAAGAAAUUUUUUCUUUAAUCAAUGUGCCCCAGCCGCGCAACCUUCAAUGCCAUACGAAGAUGAGCCCAUACCAACAGCCCCAAUGCAGUCUUAUUCUCCGGAUCAAAACUUUCCUCCAAACCCACUCUCCGGACCCAUAGACCAAUAUACCCAAGCUGCACCACCUUCAGUACCAUACGAACAAGAACCCAUGUCAACAGCCCCAAUGCAGUCUUAUUCUCCGGAUCAAAACUUUGCACAAAAUCCACUUCCCGGGCCCAUAAACUCCCAAAUGUUUGACCCUGCUUUGUCCAGUGGAAAUAAAUAUAUACAAAGUCCUUACAGUGAGAAGACAGCAUUUUUAUCAAGGAACUCACUGCAAACGAACAGAUCAGAACAGGUUUCGUCUCCAAGGGCCGAAUUGGAAUGGGUCCUGGUGGAUCCCACCAAAAAAGAUUGUCGUCGCGAAAAGCGGACUAGAACACAGUUGGAUAUCGAAAAUCGAAAAGAAGAUAUUCAAAGGCUCAAAGAAUUUGGUGGAGCAUGUAUGUGGUGUCAUCGGAGCAAGAAGAAAUGCGACCCGGCCCAAGUCUGCCAGCCCUGCCGCUCCAAUAAACGCCGGUGUAUCCGAAGUUCUUCCCAGUUGUGCUUGAUAGGGCUUUCCAAGUCUCCUACCCAAGAAAAUCCACCUAUUUUUGGUCCUCCGUCGAAAGAGGCGUUGGAUACUUUGUUUUUCCUAACCAACAAGACUUUUUCGGAUCAACAAAUCGUCAAAGUCCAUCUUAGUAUUCAGCAUGAGGAUAAACCACCAAUUGUGGAGCUGACCAAGACUCACAUGCACCCAAACAGACCUGAAACAAAGAUUCUCGUUCAUGAGUUCAUUCACUGGGCGGCUAAUCGUGUUCAAUUGACGGACUUGGAAAAUUUCAUAGAACCUUAUUCGGCUCACUCGUUAGUUAUAACGGCAAUCAGAACGAUCAAGUUGCUCAUGAUCAUUCAGAAUCUGGCUACAACAGAUGUUCAGCUUCGUGCGUCCGAUGCCGACUUGGCGCGGUCAACUUUACUUCUGGUAUUGAUUGUCAGCUUUCAAAAGCUGGCCGAGGUUUCUGACAGGUUCACGGCUGAACUGUGUGAAGCGCUGCGUCAAAGAAGCACGGAGCCUACUAGACUUGAAAAAAAGGAUGGCAUUCAAAGCUGUCUUAGUUUAGGUCCGGUCAUCGUUGCCACCGACCUUUACUUUCAAUUGGUUGACAGUUUGCUGGAUUUAAUUGAAAUUCCAGUGGUUGAGCUAAUCUUCAAGCACCUCGAUACACACAUCUGUGAAGCCCACGCCAAUCUGAAGAGUAUCCUCAAGUCAGCCGGUGCGCACCGUCCAAAGCGUGCCAAAGGUUUAAAAGCGAAAAAAGCUCCAGGUGACCAGCUCCCUGCUUUUCCAUCCACUCGAUACUUCACCCUGAUUUUCCAAGUGGGUGUAGUAGAUACUAACGACAACUCCCAAUUGACAACAACCAAUUCUGAACUGAUAUCUUAUGAUGUCGAGAAUCUUUUUAAAAGUGUAAUCGAAAACUUGGGAACCUCCCAAACCCCCUCGAAGGAGGGGGAAAAGGUACCUGUGGCGCUGGCUGAAGAGCCAGCUCAAUCUGCAUCCACAGAGAAGACCGAAACUGACAACAAUCCAAAUACCAUGGUUUCCGGCAGUCCCUCAAUGCAAUCGGACACCUUUGAUGAUAUUCUCAACUCUUUGCCGUCGGAUUGGGCAUUGGAUGCGGAUGAGAACAUGUACUGUGGUCUGUUUGAAGAUCAAUAG